GCCUCCUGCAUACGACCAACAGAUACAUGAAUACCCAAUCACGUAUUCAUUCACUUUCGAACAAAACACAAUUCUGACCUACUUUGCUUUACUUCUUCUCUUCUUACUUCACCCACCGCACUCACCUCGAAUGACAACUCUGCGAAUUUCCACACGAUAAACAAUAUCAACAUCGACGCGUAACAUCACCUUCUAAUCGCCAUGGACAUCAAGGACGUUUCUGAUAUCGACGACUUUGCCUCCUUCACGGAAAGGCUCCGAGUCCUCGCGGAUCGAGCCAGUCGCAGAAAAGGACAGAUUCCCCACGAUCACCCUUUGCCCGGCAUGCUUGUGAUGCAGUUCAUGAUGGCAAGAUCAAUGCGUCUAUCACGCCCGGAAGCUUCGAGUGGAGGGUCAAAUUUUGCAACCACUCAGAUUCCGCCAGCAUAUCUCCCCUGCAUCCAGCCUGCAAACGAGCUGCAGCCUCUGCCAAUCUCCAAGAUGAGAUUGGAAGAGCACCAUCGAGGCAAGCGAGUUAUUAUUCGGACAAUGACGCCCACGGAUCAAAUCAACGCAAUCAUGGCCAUUGCCGAAGACGAGGCAGGCACUCCUGUCUUGCUUCAAGUCUACAAUCAACCAGAUCACACGGCUAUACAACCUGACGACCUGCUCCCUGAAGGCAGCAUCUGUAUUAUCAAGGACCCAUUCUUCAAGGUGACUACAGACGGCAAAUACAGCCUACGAGUGGACCAUGUUGGCGACAUCAUCCUACUAGCCGAGGGCGACGAACGCAUCCCGUCGCAGUGGAGGACCAGGAAGACUGGUGCCAACUCCGAGAAGAUCCGACAGCAAGGGAACACUGCUGUGGCACAGCAAGAAUGGGGGAAAGCAGAAAUCUUAUAUUCCAAGGCGCUCGCUUCUGCUAGCACGCCUGCAGAGAAGCGCGCAGCGCUCCUCAACCGUUCCUUGGCAAAUCUUAAGCUUCAUCGCCCAGAGAAGGCACUGAGUGACGCGAUUGAAAGCCGACAGAACAAUGGACCAACCGAGAAAGGACUGUUCCGAGAGGCCAAGGCCCACUAUGCGCUGGAACAAUUUUCAUUAUGCUCUGAGAAGCUACGCCAAGUAGUCGCACUGAACCCCCGAAACCGAGACGCAGAGAAGGAACUCGAGCGGACUCUAUGUCGCAUUCGCGAGCAAGAACAGGGGAUUUACCAGUGGAAGCAGAUGCAUACCCAAGCCGAGGCCACUCCGCCUACGGUCGAUUGUGCGACCUACACUGGUCCUGUCGAGGUGCGCCACUCCCCUGGACGUGGACGAGGACUGUUUACUUCCAAGCCAGUGAAGGCUGGCGAUCUUCUACUGUGCGAGAAAGCCUUUGCAUACAGCUAUGCUGGUGACGAUGAUGCUGUUGGUCGCCAGAACAUCAAAAUACUAAUGAGCUGGGACACAAAGAGGAUGGCGAUGGGCGGGCAGGCAGAUCUUCUCUCCGGCCUCGUACAGAAGCUGCAUCACAACCCCCAGGCUGCCUCUCGUUUCUUCGACUUGCACCGCGGGAAGUAUCGCUCAGGCGAGACUGCAGAGCAGAUUCAGAGGGUAGUUGAUACGUUCCUUGUCGCGAUGAUCGUGAGUCUCAACUGCUUCGGUGCACCGCGAGCAUCCAUCCUCAACUUGAGCGAUAAGGGAGGUGAACAAGGAAGCUACACCACCUGCGGCAUUUGGACUCAGGCGUCCCAUAUCAACCACUCAUGUGUCGGCAACUGUCGCCGCUCAUUCAUUGGAGACGUGAUGAUGGUACGAGCUUCGAGAGACAUAGAAGCCGGCACGGAGUUGCUGAUCAGCUACCGGAUGACCGAUGAAGGUGCUAGCCAUGACCAAACCCAGAAGAAAUUGCAGAACUGGGGGUUCAUUUGCCAAUGUGAGUUGUGCGAAGAGAAGAAGUUGAUCUCGAAGUCGACCUUCCAAAAACGCCAAGGCCUUUUCCGAGACUUGAAGAGCACCAUGAAAAACUGCAAGACUCUAGCCCAUGAGUCCAAGGCACAACGGCUGCUUGGCCAGCUAGAGGAGACUUACCCCGCCAGGAAAGGAUCCUACCGUCUAGAGCUAUGGGAUUCGUACCUUGCGCUCGGGCAGAAGCAACUGAGCAGGGGAAAAAUUAUUGAAGCUCUCGAGUUAUCGAUCAAGAGCCUCGAGGCUCGUGGCUUCAUUAUCGAGGCUAGCCGAGCGACAAACUUAUCCACCAAGCCUCAUCUGAAGGUCAUCAAGUGGGGUCCACCUGGCGAGCACAACGUAACGGCCUUCCUCGUUAUGUUCCACGCGUACAAGACUGUAGCCCCUGAUCUAUGCGGAACAGCGAAUGACUAUGCUCGGACGGCCUUCGCAAUUUGUUAUGGAGAGAAUGAAACUAUUGAGGAGGCCUUUGAGGAGCUCAAGUGAUGUUCGCACAAGCAUACAUGACUGGAGGCGGGGUGAUCCCACCCUCAUCUGGUGUAUUAGGGUUGACACCACGGUUAAACACUCGCUGUGAGGAGUUUAGAAGUAAUUUCAUAAAGUUGAGAUAUUGUAAGGGAAUAAGAGAAAAUAUGGGACAACUCAUCACGCUUGAAUUGUGCUCGAUGUUAACCCCAUCUUCCAGAAAUACCCCGCAAAGUC